AUGAUACCCCUCCCACUUGGCAAUAGCAACAAUGAACAGCUGACCAUAGUUGGGGUGGAGGAAGUUGAGGGAGUGACCAAUUCUGUUACAGGCACUACCUCCUUCUUCCAGACAUGUUUUAAUGUUCUUGAUGGGACACUUCUAAGAGGCUAUUGGAUCAUUGACACGUGUUCUCGGCACCGAGGUGGGCUUGGAGAUGUUGCUGGGGCUUUACCAAGGGCUUUGGCUCGGCGUGGUCAUAGGGUUAUGGUUGUGGCACCACGUUAUGGUAAUUAUGCUGAACCUCAAGAUACUGGAGUUAGGAAAAGGUAUAGGGUUGCUGGGCAGGAUAUGGAGGUGGUUUACUACCAAGCCUAUAUUGAUGGUGUAAAUUUUGUUUUUGUGGAAAGUCCUGAGUUUCGGCAUUGA